AUGGCGAGGCGAGGGCAGUUCUUCGGACCGGAGGCUCGCAGCUGGCUGGCUCGUAUUGGACUAACCCUUGGUCCAAUGGAAAGACGACACCUGCGGAGGGGGCUGGUCCGAGGCGUGCGAGGGGUGUGCGAGGAGCGUGCGAGGGUGAGGUCCGCUCCGAAAGACUUCCAGAAGCUCAAGCUCGGAAAGAUUUACAAGGAAGGAUGGUUUGUUAUUUACACUGCGAGAGAUCGUCCAAGUGCAGAUCGACGCAAGUUAUACUUUCAUGUUGACGACAAGCACCUGUUUGUUACUUCUUGUUUGGAGUUCAUUCUGGAACUUGUUGCGAAGUAUAAGGGCAACAACAAAGAUGAUGUGAAGUGCUUCACUGAUGUGAUCACUUGGUAUAUUCAUGUUCGUAAGUUGCUGCUGACUUUUAUUCCUAAAGUCUAUAAAGUGUAG